CAGAAAAACAACAAAAAACGAAGAAGCAAUAAUUUUGGAUUUUGGCACACCAACAAUAUUACAUGUAAAUUGUAAUGAUGAUACCAAUAUGAGACAUGCUGUAACGAAGAAUAAAGAAGCAAAGCUGAGCUGUCAAGUUGAGCAAACCGGUUACAAAAAACACACACUUCUCAUAAUUUUCUCGUUUAUGUAAACUUCCGUUGCUUUUCUUGCACUUCAAUUCUUGUUCUGGAUUUAUCCUAAAAUCUCUUUUUCAAUCAAAAAGUUGUUCCCAACAACGAUCCCGAGCGAAACAACUCAUGACUAAGCCUACUGACGCAAAGCCGGAAGAGGCGCCGCCGCCCGCCGCCGAUGUGGAGAACCAGAGGGCGGCGGCUGCUGGCGGCGGAGUGUCCAACAUCCUCCAGCGGUGGAGGCGCGAAGGUAUUCUGAAGAGGGGCUCCUUGGCUUUUCGCGCCUUCGGUCUUCUCUUCUCUUUGCUGGCUUUCAUAAUCAUGGCUACCAAUCAACAUGGCGACGGCAGAGAAUUUGAUAAAUAUGAAGAAUACAGGUAUGUAUUGGCGAUUGCAAUUCUGUCUGCUUUGUACACGGGAUUGCAGACAUGGAAACAGAUUCAUGAAAUUUACACCACCAGAGAGAUCAUUUCACGCCAGAAUGCAUCACUAAUUGAUUUUAUUGGUGAUCAGCUUGUGGCAUACUUGUUGCUGUCUGCAGCUUCAGCAGCAGUACCAUUGACAAACAGCAUGCGUCAAGGAUCAGAUAACAUAUUCACAGAUUCCUCAGCAUCAGCAAUCAGUAUGGAAUUCUUCGCAUUCUUUUCACUAGGUUUGUCGGCUCUCAUCUCCGGAUACAAGCUCUCUAGUCAAACUUACAUUUGAUCACCCUCGGGUGUUUACAAGAUUUGUUUGUAUUGUUCUUAUUUGUUUUAUUGAUCAUUUACUCGUAUACAUUAUACGUGUAAAUUCAUGUUUAUGAAAGGGAGUGGAUUUUCUUUUCAGUUUGGUACAUGUAUAGUGGUGAAGUAAGAUCGCCCCAUAAGAAGAAAUUUGAGAUGUAAAGGGUCAGUUUUUGUGAAUUAAUGAAAUGAAUUAUACGAUUCUUUUC